AGGAUAAACGUAAAUCGAUCAGAACAGUUACGAAUGAGUAAUACAGAAAUAGUAAUGAAUAUCAGUAAGUGAAAACCUGUAGCUACUAAGACCAUACAGUUGUACGAGCUCGCCCGAACAUCAGCGUGCGUAUUGAGGAAAGUAAAUUGUGGGAUUAUUGAUUGUUUAUAUGUAUAAGAACGAAUGUGUUUAUCUGUGUGUUAAGUAGUUGUUUCGAAGCGAAUGUAAAUCGACAUAAAUGUUUAAAAGUAAUUGUAUGUGUAAAAAUGGAAUGAGCGCGAGUGGAGUGCAAAGAACGCAUGCGUCAUGCAGAACACUCGACAAGGAUCGCCGCAUACAGUCCUGUUUAACAAGCGGGUUUUUGUGCUUGUGUUUCAGUGUUUUCCGGUGAAGUAAAAAUCAUCACAUUAUUGAAAAAGAACCCUAUGCAUGCCUGGAAUUUAUUCACUUUGUCCAAGUGUGCAACAUAGACACAUAGAUAAUAUCUCCCCAAAACCCUACGAAGUGCCGCUGAGUCCGUGUCCAUUUUUUGCAUGAGACGGAGCUGAUCAUUUCCUGCCUGUAAACGAAAGUGAAAUUAAGUGUCGGCAUUUUAAAGGCAGAGUCGCCAUUUUAUCAAGAAACAUUUUAUCAAGAUUCUGGAGUAAUGUAAAGAUAUUCUAUGUUUCAAGUGUCCUGAUGAAGAGAGCAGACUCCCCUGUACCCAGCUGUGUCUCCAUGAAGAGUGACAGGUCAAUGGACCCCCCACCCCACUUCAGAGAGGGACCUUUUCCUAUAGAUCAAAGUGUCCCGAUGAAGAGAGCAGACUCCCCUGUACCCAGCUGUGUUUCCAUGAAGAGUGACAGGUCAAUGGACCCCCCACCCCACUUCAGAGAGGGACCUUUUCCUAUAGAUCAAAGAGACCAAAUGGAAGAUUGCAGUUCAGAUCUACAUGAUAAAUCGGGUUUAUCAUCCAUAUUGAAGUCGCUAGAGGAAAAAGCCAUGAAGUUCCUAAAGGAGGAACUGAAGACGUUUGUGAGGUACCUAGAUCAGAAUUACCCAGAAUGCUCUGAGCCUCAGCUGGAGGAGGACAAUGACCUGGACUGUGAUGGUCAGAUGCAGAAGACCAGUGUUAGAGAGGUAGCUCUGAAGAUCACACUGUACAUCCUGAGGACCAUGAAGCAAAAUGAUCUUGCUGACCUGCUGGACAAGAGACAGCUCAUGCUGCAACAGGAAACCAAAGGUAAACUUAAGAAGCAAUUUGAGUGUGUAUUUGAAGGGAAAGCUAAGGAAGGACAGCCAACACUUCUCAGUGAGAUUUACACAGAACUCUACAUAACUGAAGGUGGGACUGAAGCAGUCAAUGAUGAACAUGAAGUGAGACAGAUUGAAACAGCAUCCAAGAAAAGUCGAACAGAAGAUACUACAGUCAAGUGCAAAGAUAUAUUUAAGCCCUUAUGUGGGCGUGAGACACCUAUCAGAACUGUACUCACUAAAGGGGUGGCAGGUAUCGGGAAAACAGUCUCUGUGCAGAAAUUUAUUCUCGACUGGGCAGAAGGAAAAGCAAACCAGGAUGUUCACUUCAUAUUUGCUCUUCCUUUCCGGGACUUGAACUUGAUUAAGGGUGAAUACAGUCUGAUUAAACUGCUUCACCGCUUUGUCCCAGAACUGAAAUCAUUUCAAUCCACUGAGCUGUUUAGGUACAAAGUUUUGUUGAUCUUUGAUGGUCUGGAUGAGUGUAGCCUUCCUCUGGAUUUUCAGAACAAUGAGAGCUGGUUUGAUGUAACAAAGAAAACGUCACUGGAUGUGCUGUUGACUAACCUCAUUAAGGGGAAUCUGCUCCCAUCCGCUCUCCUCUGGAUAACCUCCCGGCCAGCAGCAGCCAAUCAGAUACCUGCUGAGUGUGUCCACCAGGUGACAGAGAUACGAGGGUUCAGUGAUGCCCAGAAGGAGGAGUAUUUCAGGAGGAGAUUCAGUGAUGAGAGCCUGGCCAGCAGGAUUAUCACACAUGUGAAAUCAUCAAAGAGCCUCUUCAUCAUGUGCCACAUACCUGUGUUCUGCUGGAUUUCAGCCACUGUGCUUAAGAGGCUUUUUAGUGAGACUGACAGGGGAGAAAUUCCAAGGACUCUGACUGAAAUGUACACACACUUCCUGAUCUUUCAGAUAAGUUUAAAAAAUGACAAGUAUAUGAAAAACCAAGAAACUAAGCUUAAGGAAUACAGUAAGCAAUUCCUUUUAAAACUUGGUAAACUUGCUUUUGACAACCUGGAGAAAGGAAAUCUCAUAUUUUAUAAGCAAGAUCUGACAGGGAAUGGCAUUGAUGUCACUGAAACUUCAGUUUACUCUGGAGUGUGCACAGAAGUCUUUAAAGAGGAGUAUGGGUUGUACCAGGAGAAGGUGUACUGCUUUGUGCAUCUGAGCAUCCAGGAGUAUCUCGCUGCUUUAUACGUGUUUCUAUCAAACUCAUCAGCUGACCUGCUGAAGACUGCAGUGAAUGAGGCAUUAGAGAGUAAGAAUGGACACUUGGACCUCUACCUCCGCUUCCUCCUGGGCCUCUCAACAGACUCCAGUAAGACUCUGUUACAAAAGCUACUGGGGCCGACAGAAACCAGCUCACAUACCAUUAUGGAAACAGUCCAAUACAUCCAUCCAUCCAUUUGCCAAACCGCUUAUCCGUCAGGGUUGCGGGGAGUCUGGAGCCUAUUCCGGAAGCAAUGGGCACAAGGCAGGGAACAACCCAGGACGGGGGGCCAGUCCAUCACAGUAGCCCAAUACAUCAAGGAGAAAAUACAGGAGAAUUUAACUCCAGAAAGGACCAUCAACCUGUUCCACUGUCUGACUGAACUUGGUGACAAUUCUCUAGUAGAGGAAGUACAAAGAUACCUGAAUUCAGGAAACAUUUCAGCAGAUCACCUCUCACCUGCACAGUACUCAGCUCUGGCCUUUGUGAUGCUGAUGUCAGAUGAGGAGCUGGAUGUGUUUGACCUGAAGAAAUACAUCAGAUCAGAUGAAGAGCACUGCAGGCUGCUGCCUGUGGUCAAGAACUCCAGGACGGCUCUGCUGAACAGCUGUGAUCUCAUAGAUAAACACUGUGAAGUGCUGUCUUCAGCUCUCAGAUCAAACUCCUCACCCCUGAGAGAGCUGGACCUGAGUGACAAUGACCUGCAGGACUCAGGAGUGAAGCUGCUCUCUGCUGGACUGGGGGACUUACACUGUAAACUGGAGAUACUGAGACUGUCAGGCUGUAGAGUCACAGAAGAAGGCUGUUCUUCCCUGGCUUCAGCUCUGAAGUUAAACCCCUCACACCUGAGAGAGCUGGAUCUGAGCUACAAUCACCCAGGAGAUUCAGGAGUGAAGCUACUCUCUGCUGUACUGGAGGAUCUCAGCUGUAAACUGGAGAAGCUGCAGGUGGGCCGGUGUGAACUCACAGAGAAAUGCUGUGAGGCACUGGCUUCAGCUCUCAGAUCAAACUCCUCACCCCUGAGAGAGCUGGACCUGAGUGACAAUGACCUGCAGGACUCAGGAGUGAAGCUGCUCUCUGCUGGACUGGGGGACUUACACUGCAACCUGGAGAUACUGAGGUCAGUCUGACUGGGUAUUCCACACUGUAAACUGGGGGUAGUGAGGUGAGUAUUACUGGGUAUUUCACACUGUACGCUGGAAAUACUAAGGUAGAAAAUAACUAAUGAUUUCAAAAUAAAGCAGGAGUAUCUAAGUCUAGGGGUUGACUUAAAAAAUAACAUUAGAUUCGCUACAGUAAGUGGAAUGUCGAAAGUAAGACUGCAUUGGAGGUUAAGGAUGACAUUAAAAGUUUCUUCCAAUAUUUUAACUCCCA